GAUACUGCUUGGACCAUGGUGUGAGUCUCUCUCUCUCUCUCUGUCGCGCUCAGGGGGACUCGUCUCUUUUCUGUUUCUGUCUCUUCUCUUUCCCCUCCCUUCUUCCUUGUACCGCGAGGGUCGUUAUGAUUUAUUUAGUUUAAUGAUUUUGGUUUUUCGCUUGUCGAUUUAACCCUAUACUUUGGACAUACUGCGAUAUUUCGAAUUACAUUCCCUCGAGAAGAAAUACACGCAGCUAGCAAUCCGCAGGCGGAUAAAGGGUCCGGAACCAAAGGGCCAAAAGAACAAAAGAACGAGACGAAGAAAGGCAAAGAUGUAUCCAUCAACCCAUCACAAUCAUCGUCAUUCCCUUUAUCUACUUCUCUCAUCCUUUAUACUCGACAUCACAACCUUCGUCUCCGCCACUCUAUGCUACACUCCCGAUGGCACUCUAACGUCGGAUCAACCUUGCAAUCUGACCGCUCCUGCGAGCGUCUGCUGCGAACAAGGGUUCUAUUGUACGUCCAACGGCCUCUGUCAGCCAGCAAACUGGUGGAAUGGGGUAAAUGGGAAUCCUCUCCAGUUUAUUCGUGGGACAUGCACGGAUAAGACCUGGGCUUCGCCGGAGUGUGGAUCGCAUUGUAUUAUUGAGAGCGUGACAGGUGGAGAGUGGGUCAUGGAAUGCGGCACCCAUGUAGAUAAAUGGUGCUGCUCAGCAGAUAACUGCUGUAGCAAUUCCAGCUACGAGCAAUUCGCACUGGGUCUUCCAUCCGUUACUGCCACCGCUGGUGUAUACGGUACAUCUACAGCGUCGCCUAUAUCGCUGCCAACAACUAUGACAAACUCUUCGAUGAACGCAACAGCAACAGCAAACAGCACUAGACCCGAAGUGACUGCAAAGGCGACCAGUUCCGGGUUCAUCACUCACCCUUCAGAGAUUCCAAGUGCUGGAUCUUCAUCAUCUUCCGGUUCUAGCAAAACCACAGCGGUCGGAAUAGGCGUUGGCGUCGGUGUCGGCUCCGCCGCAGUAGCAGGUAUAGCUGGAGCGAUCAUAUUCUGCCUCCGGAGGAAGAAAAGACAGGCUGUAGAGGAACAGAUCCAGGAUCUAUCAAGACCACCAUACCCCGGUUUCAAUUGGAAUGCCAACUAUUACUCGGAGCCGAAGAUGCCACCGCCGUCUGAGCUUGGUGUCUCUCAGAGAGCGCACAUCCAAGAACUAGACGCCGGUUAUGCGCACGGAACCCGGAUAUGAUAUGUCGUUUUCGAUCGUUUGAUGACAUAGCAAAUAAUAUUUCUUUCUUUCUUGCAUGGUGCUGAGCGUUGUUGAUAUUGAUGCGUGUAUAUAAAUCUAUAAGUUUUUAUCUGGUCCGGAAUCCGAAAAUUUCUUUCUUUCUUUGCAGGCAAUAAUAUGCUUUUCGCUACAAUUUUGAAAUUGCUUUCUAUGGCUUUAUCUCUUCGUAUACUAUGGAGCUAUCAGUGGGUUUACUGUUUGAUUCGCGAUGACUUCUAGCGGGGUCUAGAUAUAU